AUGCACCAGCUAAUCAUCACACCAGGCGACACUAAAUAUUGGAUACCACAAUGUGAUGAUGCACUUAGGCCCUUCAAGGGACAAAUUUUCCAAAGGCUUGAUGAGGCAGUCGUUUUCUACACUACGUAUGCUUCUAGGGUUGGGUUUGAUCUUGGACAUAGCAAGCUGGUUAAAGCGGUUAAUAAGACGGUGGUUUGGAAAUAUUUAGUAUGUUCGAGGGAGGGCAACAAGCACCACGCAGACACAGUCCGAGCAAUACACCCACGAAGGCGUAGGGUAUCUAACCGAGUGGGUAUAAUUCCCGGAUCAUGCUUCGAGUCAAUGGAUCAAACAACUACAUUGUUUGGUUUUUUUGAAGAAAAUCACAACCAUCCGAUGAAGCCUGAUGAGUGUAGAGCACGACUAAAGAUCAAUCGGACAAUGACAGCCGCACAUCAAACAUUUUUCCUCAACUGUAUAAAGGCCAACAUAGGCCCUAUCAAGUCGUACAAAUUGUACAAAGAGAUGGUGGGAGGAUACUCUAAUAUAGGCACCACCAAAGUGGAGUUCAGGAACUUCAAGCGAGAGCUCAUGGGGUACAUUUUAGGUGCUGAUACUCAGUUGGUUAUUGAUAAGUUUUACAAGCAUCAAGAGAACAACCCUGUCUUUUAUUUUCGUUAUGAGCUCGACGAACAUGAAUGCCUACAUAGGCUUUUUUGGGUUGAUACAAUAUCAAGACACCUGAACAUUGAGGUUAUACCUCCUGCUCACAUCAGAUCAAGGUGGACGAAAUUUACAUUUAGCAAACCUAUGUUCCAUGUUGACAACAUUUCAGAAGAAUAUGCCAAGAUAAAUGAUAAAAAAAUCUUGAUGAAUAAGAUAUGGUCAGACGUACAUAUCUGCGUGGGAUAUGUUGAGACUCGAAUGGGCCAACUGGACGAGUUUUCUAAACUCAUUGGGGAGCAUAAGCGAAUGCUCAUGGUCGAACGAGGGGGUGGUGUUUCAGCCAUGGUUGAAAGGGAGAGAGAUUUGAAUCUGUUGUUGGGAUGUUUGCCCCACAAGAUAUACGCAUCCAACCUCCGACACAAUCGAAAAACCAAGGGAGCGGAAAAAGGAUGA